UCUUUCUCGUUCGUCCUUCUUCAUCAUCAUCACCCUAUCACCAUCGCAGAUCUCUCUGUCGUCGUAGAUCAAUCAUUUCUUUAAUAAUUUGCUUUUCAUAUACAUUUUAUCUCUUUGCUCUGUUUUUCAUCAAGAUUCUUGCGUUAGUGAUUCUCAUUGAUCAGGAAUUUCUUGAAGUGUACUCUGACGUUAUUGAUUGAUCGAAUACUAGUAUGGGAUUCGAAGUUCAAAAGAUUACUCCCAGAUAAUGCUUGACUCUAAAUGAAGGCAGUUUCGCUUAAAAGCUCUCGAGACCAUGCCCAGUUUGCGUCAGCGUCCACAUAUAAAGAGGCCUGUAUGGAUCAUAGUCACGGUUUCUAUGGUGUGUUUCUUUCUCAUUGCUGCUUAUGUCUCUCCUUUUCGACAUUCUGCACCCUGCAGUAUCUUUUCUUCUAGAGGUUGUCUAAUCUAUGCCGAAGAAGAAUCUUCACAAACUAGGGAGCUGACUGAUGAUGAGAUUUAUAGUCGUGUUGUGAUUAGAGAAGUAUUGAAGGCACCUCUUGUUGAAUCUAAAAACCCAAAAAUUGCCUUUAUGUUUCUGACUCCAGGUUCCCUUCCUUUUGAAAGACUCUGGGAUAAGUUCUUUCAGGGUCAUGAAGGAAGGUUUUCCAUUUUUGUACACGCAUCAAGGGAGAAACCAGUGCAUGUAAGCCGUUACUUUCUUGGUCGAGACAUUCGGAGUGACAAGGUAGUUUGGGGUAAAAUUUCCAUGGUUGAUGCAGAAAGGAGACUUCUUGCUCAUGCUCUUAAGGAUCCUGACAAUCAGCACUUUGUCUUACUCUCCGAUAGCUGUAUACCACUUCAUAAUUUUGAUUAUAUUUUCAACUAUCUGAUGUUCACAAAUGUCAGCUUUCUUGAUUGUUUUACAGACCUUGGGCCACAUGGUAGUGGAAGGUAUUCUGAGCACAUGUUGCCUGAGGUUGAAAAGAACGACUUCCGGAAGGGUUCACAGUGGUUUACUAUGAAACGCCAGCAUGCCUUAAUAGUCAUGGCUGACAGCUUAUAUUACAGAAAAUUCAAGCUAUAUUGCAGGCCAGGAAUGGAGUACGGGAAGAACUGCUAUGCAGAUGAACACUAUUUACCUACAUUCUUCCGUAUGAUUGAUCCUGUUGGAAUAGCAAAUUGGUCAGUGACAUAUGUUGAUUGGUCCGAGAGAAAGUGGCAUCCCAGGUCCUUCAGAGCUGAAGACGUCAGUUUUGAGCUUCUAAGAAAUAUGACAUCUAUUGACCACAGUGUACAUCUGACAAGUGAUGCGAAGCAUCCAAGGUCAAUAACACCAUGCAAGUGGAAUGGACAGAAGCGACCUUGUUAUCUUUUCGCGCGAAAGUUUUAUCCCGACACUCUAGAAAAGUUGAUCAAUCUCUUCUCCAACUAUGCAGUAGUAUAGCGAGUGAACUUUAUUCUUUGGUUGAUUGAAAUAGUCGACUUAUUUUUGUUACAUAACUAUUAGAAUGCAGCGAGGCUUUAGCGAAGAACAAACAUCAGAGAA